AUGUUUGUCAGUGUGAGAACGAGAUCUAGAAUGUUAAGAAAAUUAUUUAAACCCAUAUCAAUGGCAACAAUUCGUCGUUAUGCGUCAACAUUAUUUUCAACAUAUCAUACAAAAUUAUUUACUUCAAAUAUUCGUUCAUUAAAACAGAGUGCAACAAAUCCAAAUCCAAUAAUAUCGUGGAAUCUUGCUUUAAAACAACAUCGUUCUAAUAAACAAAGUGAAAAAGGAUUAAAAUUAUUUGAAAAUUUAAUUAAACGAAAAAAUAGUGAUAUUCAACCCGAUUUUAUUACCUAUUUAACCGUUUUAGGUAAAUAUUUUACUAUAGACAGUUGCUUAUCACGACAAAAAGAAAAGUUAUGUCAGAUUUUUUUUCUGCUUAUAUCUAGGCUCAAUUGUUUAUUCUUCUUUUAUCGAAAAAAAACUAUUGAGUUUAUAAAUUAAAAACGAAGUUUCUUGACUUGUGUGUAAAAAUUUGAAAAAACUAUAUGAUUAAGAUAAAGUUGAAUUUCCUCAUUGGAACAUUUAAACUUGAUUCGUAUUGUUAAUCUGUGCAGAACAUGCUGUGAUGGAAUUUUUAUGAUCCCUUCAUUAUGUCCGACCCGUUCGAAAUAAAAAGGAAAAAAAGAAUUUUUGACGAGUGGUCAAUAGUAACAGGGGGCUGAAAGAGAGAACAAAAUGUGAUGUUGAACUAUCCACAGUGGGCAAUUUUGCCUAGGCAUGUGGACAUUGGAUUUUAAAGCGCUGGAAAGAUCUCUCAGAUAUGUUUUUGUAGGUUUUCGAGUG